AUGGCUUCAAAAAACACAACUGAAGCAGAUCUUGCGAAAGAUAGUAAAAAUGAUCAAAAUCAAACCGUCAUUAAGCCGCUUGGUUGGGCAAUACCUAUGUAUCCAAACGACGUGAAAUCAUCUAAUCAGGGGAUUGCUGUCCAACAGAUGCCCCUUACUCAUGAACCAUCUGCAACAGAUAAUAGUCCUCUCAUAACGAAUACACAACCUGUCGCUCUUCUCGUUUCUUCAAAUUCAGCACCACCAAAACAAGUCACCGUUCCUCCUAAUUGCUAUCUCGUAAUGGAAAAAAAUGGUUCCAUGCAACAACCUAUUAACCAGAAUAGGGCUUCAAAUUUGUCAACAUCGGAGAAUUAUUAUGAUGACGGCUUCAAAACUCGUCGAAAUUCAAGAUUGGGGCUCGAAUGCCUUGAUGGAGUGGAGAAAAUAUGGAUUCACCAGAAAGUGGAGCUUUUUGAAAGUAAGUAUCCGCUUUAUUUAAUUUAUUUUUUAAUUUAA